AGGCAACCUCCUCACCUAGAUCGGCCGCGUUCACCUUUGCAUUGACCUCCGAGGCGGAUUCGCGAGCUCUGCUCUGCUCCCGUUCUCGCCCGUGAUACCCCCCUCGUCGCAUGAUCCGCCGAACGUGCGACAUUGAAAGAAAUUUGUGUGACCAGUCAAUGAAAUCCGGCCUCCGCACAAAUGCCCAGUUUAAUGACUGAACCGCACAAUAUGAACGUUGCAGCAGCAGCGUCGUCGACUGCCGGUAGUCCGCAAUUUACGAACGGUAAUUUAGUAAAACGAAAUCGUUAAAUCGUUCCACGGCCGAUCUCUAGUCGUGCGAGGUGUUUUUUCGGCUUUUCCAUCAGUUCGCGUUUAACGCGUCUGUGAGUGUCCGGCAGAACCCGCCGAAGGACUAACUGGAUGUUUACGUUUCCGGAUAACCUGUGGGAUAUUGUUAUCUGACCGCCGAUUUAGAGAUUGCAUGUGCGCUGCUGACGGGACGGCGGAGUCGCGGAAGGUGUGCGGGGUUGCGGGGGUGCGCGGCGCGUGCCCAGUCUCCGUUUGGCGAACGGUCGUGUGGCGGCGGCCCAGUCCGAAGAAGAGAUCCGCUCGCCGCCUCCGCACCGCCUAGCCAAGGAUGACUCGAUCAAGAUCAGCAUCGAGAACACGAACACGUGCACGGACUCUCUGGUGACGGCCAUCGAUGAUGAAACGUUGCUCAUCGCCGACUAUUUAUCCAACGAUAUGAACUACAAAGGCUCGGGAAAGGUCCACUUCGGUGUGGACGAUGUGUCCCUGUACGGCACCCCCAAGGAGGAACCCGGUCCUACUCCCCUGGGUUCCGUGGAGGCCGGCAAGCAGAGCUUCAUCAAGAACCAGCUGCAAGCUCUGUUCCAGCCCACCGACAACAAGUUGGCCAUGAAACUGUUCGGCUCCAAAAAGGCGCUGAUGAAAGAGAGAAUAAGACAAAAGGCCUCUGGUCAUUGGGUGAUACAUCCUUGCUCCAGUUUUAGGUUUUACUGGGACCUGUGUAUGCUACUGCUGCUUGUCGCAAAUUUGAUUAUUUUACCUGUAGCUAUAAGUUUUUUCAAUGAUGAUUUGAGCACGCGGUGGAUAGCAUUCAAUUGUUUAUCGGAUACGAUAUUCCUCAUCGAUAUUGUUGUCAAUUUUAGAACAGGGAUAAUGCAACAAGAUAAUGCAGAACAAGUGAUACUAGAUCCUAAACUAAUAGCCAAACAUUAUUUGAGGACGUGGUUCUUCCUUGAUCUGAUUUCGUCCAUCCCAUUAGAUUACAUAUUUCUAAUAUUCAAUCAAUUUCAGGAUUAUGGCGAUAGUUUUCAAAUUUUACAUGCAGGGCGUGCCUUGCGUAUCCUUAGACUUGCGAAGUUGCUCUCUUUGGUUAGACUACUCCGGCUCUCUCGGCUGGUACGAUACGUCAGUCAAUGGGAGGAAGUCUACAUCUUGCAGAAUCUCCAAAAAAAGCGAACGGAACGGAGGGGGCGCCUCAGUUCGGACCUGAACAAGUCCGGUUACACCAAAAGCAAUCUCAUCUUUAAGUUCCUGAAUAUGGCGAGUGUUUUCAUGCGGAUAUUCAAUUUGAUCUGUAUGAUGCUGCUCAUUGGACACUGGUCUGGAUGCCUUCAAUUUUUAGUACCUAUGCUGCAAGGAUUCCCUCCAAAUUCUUGGGUAGCCAUCAACGAACUUCAGGGAGCUUUCUGGCUGGAACAAUACUCCUGGGCCCUCUUCAAAGCAAUGUCCCAUAUGUUAUGCAUAGGGUAUGGAAAAUUUCCACCCCAGUCCCUGACUGAUAUGUGGCUGACAAUGUUAUCCAUGAUAUCAGGAGCAACCUGUUAUGCCUUGUUCCUGGGACACGCCACAAAUUUAAUUCAAAGCUUGGAUUCGUCACGGAGACAAUAUAGAGAAAAGGUGAAGCAAGUGGAGGAGUAUAUGGCCUAUAGGAAGCUGCCGAGGGAGAUGCGACAAAGGAUAACAGAAUAUUUCGAACACCGCUACCAGGGUAAAUUUUUCGACGAGGAGUGCAUCCUGGGAGAACUCUCCGAAAAACUUCGAGAAGAUGUCAUCAACUACAACUGCAGAUCGUUGGUGGCGUCGGUGCCCUUUUUCGCUAACGCAGAUUCUAAUUUUGUUUCGGACGUGGUGACAAAAUUGAAAUAUGAAGUCUUCCAGCCAGGUGAUAUCAUUAUUAAGGAGGGUACGAUUGGCUCAAAGAUGUACUUCAUCCAGGAAGGUAUAGUAGACAUUGUGAUGUCCAACGGUGAAGUAGCCACUAGCCUGAGCGACGGCUCUUACUUCGGAGAAAUCUGCCUUCUGACGAACGCUAGAAGGGUGGCGUCAGUGAGAGCAGAAACUUAUUGUAAUUUAUUUUCGUUAUCAGUGGAUCACUUUAACGCCGUUCUCGAACAGUAUCCAUUGAUGCGUCGCACUAUGGAAUCGGUUGCAGCGGAGAGGUCAGUGCGUUGGUUAAACAAAAUAGGAAAAAGUCCCAAUUUGCUAUCAAACCGAGAAGAAGACCUGGGUAGUGAGAGUAAAACGAUAAACGCUGUGGUGAACGCUCUCGCUAACGAAGCAGACCAUGUCAACGUUUCUGAAGAAUCGAUGGUCAAACUUCACUCUAGCGAAAGGAGUCUGCAAGAACUUGGACGCACUCUGCACAGGUUUACCUUACCCAGACCAAAGUCUGAAAACAACUUCGCAUCUCAGGAUAUGCCCUUGACGAGAGGAAGCCAGAACAAUGGGAGGCCCUCGUUCCACAAGUCAGAUACUUUUCAGAAGGAGUCGUCGUUUCAAUGACGUCACUCUACGCACUAGUGCUAUCUGGUGACAAGCUGAUUGGGCUAGACGCCCUUACCGACUUCAAAUUAGCUGAUUGUGUUUGUAUUACGAACGAAAAAAUCACGAUGGGGCAAUUUUUCCCAUCGCCACACUGCUUAACAGUUGUCUGCCCAUUAUGUCAAUGAAUCAGAACCUUUCCAAUGAUCUCACCUAUUUUUGAAAAUAUCUUAGACUUGUUCAGGCACAUAUUCAAGACCUCAUUAUAAAUUUCUCACUAUCGUUUCAAAUAUAUAAAAAAAAAACGUGACAGGAAAUCCAGAUUCAAUUUUUACUGGAAAUAUCGACGACCAAAUGAUAAAAAU